AUGCCCCGGAGUACGCCAGGCCUCAAGAUGCCAUCAACUCCCGAAAGGGAUCAGAUGUACAGGUCUCUAAAGACUUGGUGCAUCAGUCGGGGCGUGCAGCUUCAUGACUCCCAAGAUUCGGCCAGCACCGUUCCUGCUUCAGACAGCCAACUCGCAGAGUUGCAUGCAGCAGUCUCCUCGCAGGACAGACAGCCGGAUUUCCCUGCUUCGAUCAUGCCUUGUGUGCCUCAGAUUGAAAGCAAAGAUUUGCUGGAGAUGCAGUGGGCCGCUGAUUGGGCUAGGGAGUUGGACCAGCUGGUCGCGAGAAAAGAAGAUACAGCUGUUAUCCCAGCUUGGGCAUGGGAAUGGGCCGAAGAGCUUGAUUCCGAGGAGUGCGUCGGUAAGAGCAACACAGUGCAAGCGGGGUGUGCGGUAAACAAGGAGUGCCCACAUGCUCGUUCGCGCUCGCCCAUGAGAGUGCAUGCAGCCUUGAAGCCGUGCUCUGCGACUUCUGUGCUCUCAUCCAAGCCGAAGCCGUCUUGUGCUCCACAUCUCCGGUUCGACGCUUGCAACUUUUCUGCACGUGUGGCCAGUUUGCAGAGCUUAGUCCACCUGGGGGCUCAAGAAGCCGCCAAAUUCAAGGCGGAAGUUUCGGAUGAAGAGGAGUUUCACAGAUUCAUUUCUGAUGGUUCGCCCGUCCGUGACUUAGAAGAGCUCGCCAUGUUUCUCAUGAAGCUCAAUCUAUAUGGGCAGCCGCACAACAUCAGAUUGAUCCAGUCGCGUGGGAAGCCGUGUGGUAUCUUGGUUCAACCGAACUGGGGUGGCAGUCUCAGUGUCUAUUUGAAAUCAGGAAAGAUGAACCUUCAGGGUCCCCUUCACGCGCGCCACCGUCUAUUGAGCCUGGUCAAGCAUGCCACUCAGAAGGCUCGCCCAAGUGGCGUGCAAGAAGGGUUACCAGAUCCGGCCUGUAUUUCGGCCCGCUUGAAAGGCACCUAG